CUUCUAUUGCGAUGCGUCACCAGGCGAGGACUAUUGCGGGCUGUGCUUCAUUUCCUCUUUGUAUAUGAGUAUGAUGGAGUUAGAGUCGUCGAUGUAUUGUUACGAAGACUUGAAGGCAAUUCUCAGCUAUCACUAGUCUCCUUAGCUCUAAUGGAGACACUAAUCGACCUCAACUGCGAAGAUGUGAUGGUAGACCUGGUCUUCAAGCACCUUCUCAACGGCCACCACCUGAUGGUAGCCUAUAGACAUAAGAUAGCUGAUCCGGAGCCUUAUAGAGACGCGGCUAUCGCAUUCUUGGGACUCUCGCCUAGAUGCUGCUCGAGGCCUAUGGAGAUGACAAAACGUUGGAUAGACGAGCUAGCAAUGAGCGGACGUCGCGUCCUUGAUCUGAAGAGUGACAACGAGAGACGGGUGAAUGGAGUCCACGACGAUAUCGCCAUGAGCAGUCUGGUACAUGAAAUUAAAGUCAAUUAUGGGAACCCCAACGAUACACUAUUCGGCAACUACCACGCCUACAUCUGCGACUCGCGCUUCGAAAUAGUAUCCCGCGUACUAGCAUGCAGUAACUGGACCUCAAGGUAUGACAGCGUCACGCCGCCAAAAAGAGAAACAAACAACAAUACAAAAGAAACGAAAGAGAUAGACAUAGUCUCACCGAAAGAGCAGGACAGCCUUAUUUCAUGUACGAGCGGAUAUGAGACAAAAACAAGCGACAGUUCGGAAAAAGAACAACACAGUUUGACGUCACUGAAUGAACAGGAGAAUGAAGUGAAGACCGAAUUGAAUGAAUUAAAAGAACAUGAUAGUUUGACGUCUACGGGGGAGAGUAGUGGUUAUGAGAGCUUUAAGUAUAAAGAGGGUGAGGGGGAUGAGGGAUUCGCUGAGGAAUUGUUCAGGAGGAGCUUUGUAAGGAAGGAGGAUAAUGGGUAUGAAGGGGAGGUGCCUUUGAUCAGAAGCUGGAGGGCCAGUGCUGAAUCAAUUAUUGGCCCAUUACUAGCCAGCCUUCUGAAGAAGACAGCAGUUCUCUUAGAAUCGGAAGUCAUAGUAAACUGCCGCGUCACGAGUGUAGUCUCCAAAUUAGCGUCGCUACCUACACCUCUGCUGACCUCGCUACUGCUGUGUCCCGGAUUUGUACUGCAGCCUAACGUGCCUUCUUUGUUUCAGAUACUAAGUAAACUAAAAGAAGAAGU